AUGUCAUUCGACAAGUUACACAAAGAAGCAGAAGGAGUUUUACUCGAGGAAGCUGGUAGGAUAUCUAAGCAAUUUGAAAUCACCUCUGAGAAGCUUCAUGAAUUAACACACUAUUUCAUAGACCAAAUGGACGUUGGGUUGAAUGCCGCCGCUACACGUGAAGAAAGAGGUCUCCCAAUGUGUCCUUCAUACGUUACAGGCACUCCGAACGGUACAGAAACCGGUACCUUCCUAGCUGCAGAACUUGGUGGAACAAACUUCAGAGUAUAUUCAGUCAAGUUGAACGGUGAUCACACAUAUGAGAUCGAGCAGUUAAAAUCCAAGAUACCUGAAGAAUUACUAGAUGAACCAACUUUAUCUAGUGCCGAUUUAUUCAGCUACAUGGCCAGGAGAACAAAAGUCUUCAUGCAUAAAUAUCAUCCCGAAGUAUUCGAAAAGGGCUACGGGAAAUCAUUGAAACUAGGGUUCACUUUCUCUUAUCCAGUCGAUCAAAAUAGCUUAAAUUCAGGUACUUUGCUUAGAUGGACUAAGGGUUUUAAUAUCAAGGAUGCUGUGGGAAGUGACGUUGUGCAAUUAUAUCAGGAUCAAUUGGACGAUUUAGGUCUUGACAUGAUCAAUAUUGUAGCUCUGACAAACGAUACAAUCGGUACCUUUCUAUCUCUAUGUUAUUCCUCUGGUUCUCCAGAAUCUAUAAAGAAAGGUGAAAUUUCACAACCUGUCAUCGGUGCAAUCUUUGGUACAGGUACAAAUGGUUGCUACAUGGAAAAAGUGACAAAUAUAGGUAAAUUGUCAGAAGAAACAAGAGAAAAGUUAAUAAAUGAAGGAAAGGAAGAGAUGUGCAUAAAUACGGAAUGGGGGUCAUUUGAUAAUGAUUUGAAAUACUUGCCUACGACAAAAUACGAUAUUGAUAUUGAUCAAAAAUUUUCGAAUAAUCCUGGUUAUCAUCUUUUCGAAAAGAGGGUAGCCGGUAUGUUCCUUGGUGAGAUCUUAAGAAAUGUGCUAGUCGAUUUACAUGACCGUCAUUUGAUCUUGAAUCAAUUCAGGACACAUGAUCAAUUACCACAUAGGUUGAAAACCCCAUUUGAAUUAUCAAGUGACGUAAUGGCAAGAAUUGAAAUUGAUGAUUCUUCAACGUUGAGAGAAACUGAACUAUCCUUUUUACAAAGACUAAGAUUACCAACAACAUUUAGUGAACGUAAAGCUAUUCAAAUGAUUGUCCGUGCCAUUUCAAGAAGGUCCGCAUAUUUAGCUGCUGUACCAAUGGCUGCCAUCUUGAUAAAGACUGGCGUUUUGAACAAGAGAUAUCAUGGAGAAGUAGAAAUUGGCUGCCAUGGUGCAAUCUUUGAGUUUUAUCCAGGUUUCAGGACAAUGUUAAGAGAAGGACUUGCAUUGACUCCAAUUGGAUCAGACGGUGAACGUAAAAUUCAUUUGCGUCUCACUAAAAACUCAUCAGGUGUAGGCUCUGCGUUAUGUGCACUAGUUGCUUAG